AUGGUUCUCACCGCUCAUUUUAUUGAUGAUGAUUGGAUGUUACAUAAAAAGAUUUUGAACUUUUGUGUCAUUCCAAAUCAUAAGGGAGAAUCCAUUGCUCAACUUUUGGAGGAGUGUUUGGUGGAGUGGGGCAUAGAGAAGGUGUUAACUAUUACGGUUGAUAACGCUUCGGCAAAUGAUUCCGGCUUAAGGGAUUUGGUGGACCGAAUAAGUGGGUGGGGGAUUCCUAAUGCACUUUUGCAUGAUAGAAAAUAUUUGCACAUGAGGUGUGUUGCUUAUAUUCUUAAUUUGGUAGUGAAUGAUGGGAUAAAGAUGUUGAAUACCGUCAUACAAGGCAUUCGUAAUGCGGUUAGGUAUGUAAGAUCUUCCCCUCAAAGGUUGGAGAGCUUUAAAAGGUGUGUUGAGAAAGUGAGAAUAGAAAACAAAGGGCUUGUGAUUUUAGAUGUCCCUACUAGGUGGAAUUCUACAUUUUUAAUGUUGGAAUUGGUUUUGAAGUUCAAGAUGGCUUUUGAUUGGUUGAAAGUAAAUGAUGGUCAUUACCUUCCUUACUUUACUAAAGAAAAUCAUGAUAAUAUAAGGGAAGGGCCACCUUCGACUUAUGAUUGGAGUGAGGCGGGAAUAUUUGCGUCCUUUUUGAGACCUUUCUACAAAGUCAUUUUAAAAGUGUGUUCUUCUAAUAUUCCAACAAUUCAUACUACUUUUGGUGAUUUGUUUAAGAUCAAAAGUCUCCUCCUUGAAAACAAAGAUAAUGAAUUCUUGUCUAUGAUCUCCAUGUUGACGCAAGAAAAAUAUGCCAAAUAUUGGGGUUCAAUUGAGGAUAUGAAUCAAUAUGCUUUUGUUGCACUUGUGCUUGAUCCUCGCCAUAAAUUGGAGAAGGUGGUUGGUUAUUAUGAGAUGCUAUAUGGCGAGGACGAGGAAAAAGUUGAAAUUGCAACCAAUACGGUGAAAGAUUUGUUGUUUGAUCUUUACAUGAUUCAUGAAGAGUUAUCUUUUGAUACACAACAAAGCACAAGUAGUGGUGGUAGUUCUCAAUCGACAACUACAAGUGGAGAUCCUUUAUCAAGCAUGACAAAGAUUGAAAGAAAGUUGAAAGAGAAAAGUGAAAUGAGAAAAGCAAAGAGAGUCGUAUUGUGCACUAUGAUUUGGAUAGGUUUCUUUCGGAUCCUAAUGAAGGGGAAGAAGAGCCAAACUUUGAUAUCUUGA